CCUACCCGAUCCCGACGAAUCCUGAAUCCGCCCAAUUUCUUGCGGCUGCGACCGAUCCCGACUUCUCGGCCAUCAUGCCCAAGUACUUUUGCGACUACUGCGACACCUACCUGACGCACGACUCGCCGUCCGUGCGGAAAACCCAUUGCGCCGGACGCAAGCACAAAGAGAACGUCAAGUUCUACUACCAAAAGUGGAUGGAAGAGCAAGCCCAGAGCCUCAUCGACGCCACCACAGCCGCUUUCAAAGCCGGGAAGUUGCCCAACGCAAGCGGACCCGGUGGAGUGGCCAUCCCGCCGCCCGGCGCCAUGGGUCAUGGCCCGCCCGGCAUGGGAGGACCCCCUAUGCCAGGUGGACCGCCGAUGGGGGGGCCUAUGGGCGGACCACCUAUGAUGGGCGGACCACCUCGUCCCGGAAUGGGCGGACCGCCGCAUGGGAUGGGGAUGGGCCCCCCGCCCGGCAUGGGCGCGCCCAUGCCGGGCGGUAUGCCGCCUAAUAUGCGGCCCCCGUAUGCACCGCCCAUGGGGGGUCCACCCAUGAUGUUUUGAAUCCGCGGAAUGUUAAGUGAGACCUUGUCGCAUGAGUGUGUGACAUAGUCGGGAGUGUUAGCUUGCUUGUGUCUCAUUUUCAAGGAUAAUUAUGAAGAAGAAUACACGUCUGAUUGCUUGUGAACAACAACAACAACAAUGUUUGACCGAAUUGCUUUUCUACGACUUAUAGCCUCAUAUCCUCGCCUGAACGUUUUGCCUCUGCCAAAGGAAUGUACUCACCGGUCCUCCGGUUUGGCUCAAUCAAGAUAAGCUUGUCAUUUUUCUCUUAAUCUUACCGUUAAUGGGCCGCCAUUACAUGAAAUGUGUUGGGUUGAGGAUCACGCCAACUGUUCAUUAGAUAAACGUGUUUGGUGGUGUGGGUGGGACCAGUUUAACCGCUUUCAGCCUCAGAGAACCGUGGGAGGUUUUGCCACGUAGGGUUUUUCUGAUCAUUACAAAUGUGACCUUUAUUGACCGGAUUCCAUCUCGGUUUUUCAUCCUUGUAUAAAGCCGCCCUUAGUCACCCAAAA